AUGUCACUUCACCAAACAACUUCGGGUCUUUUAGGAACUCAUGUGAAUUGGGAAGAUAUUGAGGAUGAGAUUAGGCAAAGUUUGGGAACAAAUGCCAGAUUUGGUGACAAUAAACAAGCGACUAAUAUUGGAAAUAUGAAGGUAAGUUAUGGGGUGAGUCAAUUUUAUUUUUUGUCAAUUAAUUGACACAAAAUGUGAGUCAUUUUUGUGCGAUUUUUUCACGUUUUUGUCGAUUAAUUCCAUCUUUUUUUGCAAUUAAUUGCAUUCAAAAAUGAGGAAUUUCAAUACGAAAUAGAAUUUAUUUGACCUCUUUUUUGAAACGUGUCCCAAAUUCACUGCUUAUUUUUUGGAUUCAUUUCGAAAUGAAAGAAAAUUGAAGGAAGAUGAUUUUUUUGUUGAUAAUUCCAACUCAUAUAGGUCACGUUUUAAAAUAUAGGUCAAAUAAAUUCGAAUUUUUAUGCAAUUAAUCGCAUUUUUUGCCAAGAAAUGAAAGCGAUGAAUUGACAAAAACGUGAAAUUAAUCGCCCUAAAAGACUCACUUUUUUUGUCAAUUAAUCGCAAAAAACACGUCGAUUAAUUCGAUUGACUCACCCCAUUAUUAAUUUUUUGUUUAUUCAUGAUAAAAGUUUUAAAAACUCGUUAAAAAAUUCCAAACGUAGCUUGAAAAUAAAUUCUCAUAAUAAAAAACACUUUCAAACUUAUUCGAAGAAAUUUUGUUGAAAUUUCCAAGAACCGAAAUUCAAAACGCAAAUAAUUUUCUUAUUUUCAAUCCCGAUUUUUUUUUUCAAAAUUUCAGGGCUUCACGUCAAAAACUGCGCUUAUCGAGCCAGAUUGGACUCAAGAUUCGGAAAUGCUUCCCAAAAAAUUUGUAGUCAAAAUAUCAUCUCUACUAGCCAUUUGUGAAAUAUCAAAAGUGCUCAAACAUGGUGGCGAAAAUGGUUUUUCCGAAGAAAAAUUAGAGAGUUUUUAUAAAAUAACAAAGGAUCUUCAUAAUCGAGAAGUGGAAGCAUAUGAAUUUUUAUCAAACAUUCCUGAAAUUCCUCUACUAAAAAUAUAUUCUUCUCGAAAAUUCAGUGCGGAAAAUCCACUGAAAGCAUUCAUAAUUUUGGAAUAUGUCGAAAAUGUCAAACAUGUGCCAAUUUAUGAAUCGCUCGAACCUUUGGAAAUUAUCGAAAUCGUUCAAAAUAUAGCAAAAUUCUCGAGUGUCGCCGAGAUUUUUCCGAAAAAUGAGCUGAAAUUCGCGACGGAACCAGAAUUUUGGGAAAAAAUAUUGAGAGAGUUUGGAGAUGAAAAAGUUUCGGAAACUAUUUUUCUAAUGUUGAGGCAAGAUUUUCCGGAAGAAUAUGAAGAUAAAGUUGAGGAGUUGAUCGAUAUUUAUCGAUUUUUGAUGAGUCCUGAAUACCUUGCAAAAUUACACGAGGUUUCAAAGUUUUUGGGUGAGUUUUAGGGAAUCUACAGAUUUCAGGAAUUUUUCUAUGAGUGUUUGUGUUACAAAUGAACUCAAAAAUGCUUUAUUAACCUAUUGAUUUCGGAUUUCCAGGAUUUCCGCUAGUUCUGAUACACGGUGAUUUAUGCAUAGACAAUUUAUUAUUUUUGGAUGAGGGCUAUUCUCCGAGAAUCAUGCAACUUUAUGCAAUUAUCGAUUGGCAAACUGUUAGUUUUGGCUCACCGGCUCAAGAUUUAUGCCGAUUAUUUUUGUCAAUUUUAACAGCGAAAAAUCGGCGAGAAAAUUUAGACUAUCUGCUGGAAAUUUAUUAUCGAGCAUUUCUUGAAAAUCUUGAAAAUUUUGGGCUGGAUAAGAAAAUACCAUUUACUUUUGAGCAAUUGAAGAGCAAUUAUCAAUUAUUAUUUCCAUUAUUGACUAUAAUGGUUUUGCCAGGGAUUUUGAGAUUUACUAGUUUUGUACAUUGUUCGCAAGAGGAAACAAUGAAAAUUCGAGAUUUGGCAAUUGAAAAAUCAGUUGGAAUGAUGGAAGAUGCUAUUGAAAUUCAUAGAAAAAAUUUGAUCGAAUUUUCUGAUUUUUAUAAAUUGUGA